AUGCCAAUCAUGAAGUUGCACAAUCUCAUUUCAAAUAUAACAACCACGCUCAGAGCGGCUAUCGAAAUCUGCGAAAAAGCCUCAGACGCUCAAUCUUUACCUCUAUCUAUUCAAACACUCUGUUCACAACUCCCUUGGAUCAUGGGCGCCUUUGAUAAAGCAAAAGAAGGUUUCCCAUGGAGUAUAGAGCCUUCACCAGACACGCUCGCCCUGAAGGGUAUUCUCAAAGACUGCGCGAAUAAAUCGUCCUCUCUGGAAGCCUGCUUACGUGCAAUAAUCCCACGUGCCGAUUCGUCAACAUUCGAGCGAUACAGGAGAUCCUUAGGUCUGAUACCAACGGAGGACAAGGUUGUGAUGUUGAAGGAUGGGUUAUUUUCUGACCUCAAAGCCUUGGCGGCUAAUUCAGCUGUUGAAGCAGAAACGCAAGACAAUGUCAGGUCGCUCGUGGGGUUUGUGACUCGAGAGCCGGGAUACAAUCUAUGGGGUGUUUCAGAUAGCGAUUAG